CACAGAGAGAGGGAGAGGGGAGCUGACACUCACAUUUGCAGAGAGUUGAGGCAUGCAACAAGCAGCACACACACACACACAGCAGCACUGCACUGGGAGACACAGAGAGGGGAUAUUAUAGAUGCUGCUGCUGAGUGCUGCUGCUGGAUGUGAUAAGGAUCAGGAGCUCCUCCCCCGGUAUACAGGCGCUGGAGGAGAGGGAGACUAGAGCUGCUGCUCAUACACAUAGUACACGGCGGCUGCUGCUGCACACCGGGACGGCGGCCGGGGCUCUGCUGCUACUGCUGCCGCUGGCUGCUCCCAUUGCGGAACUACUCAUCAAUCGCAGCCAGCCGGGAGGGGGCGGCAGGCAGAACUUCUCCUGCCCGCUUAUCGCUGGCGCUGGCUGGGCUGCUGCUGCUGCUGUGAUUUCUAUCGCUGGUCUCCCCGGGUGGAUGUGACAGCGGGGACCGGAGCGGAGCAGCGGAGAUGAGGAGCGGCGGCUGGAGGAGAGCUGGGGAGCCAGAGUGGCCAUUGCCGUUGAGACUAAGAAUGAAGAGGGCAGUCUCCUGUUUAUACUUAUGGCUUUUCCUACAACUUCCCCUGAUCAGCUCUUCCACCCAGGUGAAAUACAAAGUUGACGAAGAGCAGCCACCUAACGUGUUAAUUGGAAGCUUAGCUGCCGACUAUGGCUAUCCAGAUUCAAAGCACCUGUACAAGCUGGAGCUGGGACAUCCUUACCUCCGCGUGGAUGGUAAGACUGGGGAUAUCUAUACAACAGAGACCGCCAUUGAUCGAGAGAGCCUCCGUGAUUGCCAGAACUUAUUCCCGGGUCUACCAUGCUUCCUAGAGUUUGAGGUGUCGAUGACGGACUUAAUGUCCCCAGUUCCCCGGCUGCUUGAUGGACAAAUUGAGGUUCUGGACAUAAACGAUAACACCCCCAACUUUGCUUCUCCAGUCCUCACGUUGUCCAUUCCAGAGAACACUAACAUUGGAAUGCUUUUCCCCAUACCGGCAGCUACUGACCGUGACUCCGGGGUGAACGGGGUGGCUUCUUAUGAGCUGAUAGUCGGUCCUGAAGCACAUGAACUUUUUGGACUGCAGGUAGCUGAAGACCAAGAUGAAAAGCAACCUCAGCUGAUUGUCAUGGGAAACCUUGAUCGCGAACAGAGAGACUCUUAUGACCUCACCAUUAAGGUCCAAGAUGGUGGCAAGACGCCCAGAGCCAGCAGCGCCCUGUUGCGCAUUUCCAUCCUUGACACCAAUGACAACGCUCCUAAAUUUGAGAAGAUGGCUUAUGAAGCAGUGUUGCCUGAGAACAGCCCAAUGGGGCACUCUGUACUGCAGGUUAAAGCCAACGACUCUGACCAAGGAGCCAAUGCUGAGAUUGACUACGCGUUUCACCAAGCCUCAGAUACUGUCCGACGGCUGCUACACCUGGACAGGGCAACAGGUCUGAUAACCGUCCAAGGUCCCAUAGACCGAGAAGAUGUUGGAACGCUACGUUUCUCUGUGGUGGCCAAGGACAAAGGAUCCAACCCCAAAUCUGCUCGCACCCAAGUUACAAUCACCAUACGUGACACAAAUGACAACAAGCCUGUGAUUGACAUUAGGGGGUUCGGCCUGGUAACGCAUCAGGAUGGCGUAGCCAACAUUUCAGAAGAUGUGCCAGUGGAAACGCCUGUGGCCUUAGUACAGGUUUCUGACGUGGAUGAAGGAGAGAACGCUGCUGUAACUUGCGUUGUGGCCAGGGAUGUACCCUUCCAGCUGAAACAGGUUAGUGACACUGGCACCGACAGCAAGAAGAAGUACUUCCUCCAGACCACCACACCACUGGACUAUGAGUCCGUGAAAGAGUACACUAUCGAAAUUGUGGCUGUUGACUCUGGUAACCCUCCUCUUUCCAGCACCAACUCUCUUAAGGUGCAGGUGACUGAUGUGAAUGACAACGCACCUGUCUUCUCCCAGAGCUUGAUACAGGUCAGCUUCAAAGAGAACAAUUCACCUGAUGAUGUUGUGAUGGAGGUGAGUGCCAGUGAUGCCGACAGCGGGUCCAAUGCUCAGAUAUCUUACUCCAUUCUUGCGGACUCCAAUUCUCGUGGCAUCUUCUACAUCAAUCCAGACUCAGGACAGAUUAGAGUCAACACCGUACUGGACCGUGAGCAGCGGGAACAUUACGACUUUCAUGUGGUUGCUACAGAUAAAGGAACCCCCAGUUUAAAGGGGACCGCUUCUGUUGUAAUUACUGUCCUAGACUGCAACGACAAUGAUCCAAAGUUUAUGCUUAAUGGUUACAACUUCUCCGUCAUGGAGAACAUGCCCAGGUUGAGCCCUGUCGGUAUGGUCACGGUCAUAGAUGCGGACAAGGGUGAGAAUGCUCGUAUCCAUCUAUCAGUGGAGCCAGACAGUGGAGAAUUUGUCAUCCAGAAUGGCACAGGCACCAUACUUUCUAGCAUCUCCUUUGACCGUGAGCAUCAGAGCACCUACACUUUCCGGCUGAAGGCGGUGGAUGGAGGGGACCCACCCCGUUCGUCAUAUGUUGGAGUAACUAUAAACGUCCUUGAUGAGAAUGAUAAUGCUCCAGUGAUUGUUGUACCUUCAAACAUUUCCUAUGCAUAUCUUACCCCUUCAACUCACCCAGGUACACAGGUCAACAAAGUGCGAGCCGAGGAUAUGGACACGGGCGUGAAUGCUGAACUCUCUUAUAGCAUUGCUAGUGGCAAUCCCUUUGACCUUUUCCAGAUAACUCCCAAAGGCGGUGAGGUCACCCUAGAAAAACAGAUUUUGAGGAAGCACCAUGGUCUUCAUCGUCUAGUAGUAAGGGUGAAUGAUAAUGGAAAGCCACGAAGGCUUGGUACAGCUUUAGUCCAUUUUUACAUCAAUGAAACUUUAAUAAAUCAGACUUAUGUAGAGACUUUACUUGGUCACAGUCAGGAUACACCAUUAGACAUUGAUAUUGCUGGGGAUCCAGAAUAUGAGCGUAAUAAACAACAACAACGUAACAUCUUGUUUGGUGUGAUAGCUGGCAUUGUGGCAGUCAUCAUGGUCAUUGUGGUGGUAGUUUUGAUUAGAUAUUGCAGACAGAAAGAAGCAAAGAGUGGCUAUCAGGCUGGAAAGAAGGAAACAAAAGAUCUAUAUGCCCCAAAACAGGGUAAUAAAAACAACAAAAAUAAAAUCAAAGUUAAGAAGAGCAAGUCUCCAAAGCCACCCAAACCCGUAGAGGAGGAUGAGGAAACUGGACUACAGAAGUCCCUGAAGUUUAAUCUAAUUGACUCAGCUGGAGACAGUCCGCGAAUCCAUCUACCAUUGAACUACCCACCUGGUAGCCCAGACUUGGGGCGUCAUUACCGUUCAAACUCUCCUCUGCCAUCCAUACAGCUCCAACCCCAAUCCCCAUCUGCCUCCAAGAAACACCAAGUAGUGCAAGACCUGCCACCUGCCAACACCUUCGUUGGCACUGGAGACAACAACUCCACUGGCUCUGAUCAGUACUCGGAUUACAGCUAUCGGACCAAUCCCCAGAAAUACAACCAUAAACAGAUCGGAGUACUUCUGUCAGACUUCCUAAUUGAACAGACAUUACCUCAUCGCAGAGUGACGUUCUCCACGUCCAAUCAGGCACCAGAUAUCCAGGACCCUUCUCAGCACAGCUACUAUGACAGCGGCCUAGAGGAGUCUGAAACUCCAAGCAGCAAGUCUUCGUCUGGGCCGAGAAUAGGACCCCUGGCUCUCCCAGAGGAUCACUAUGAGCGAACCACCCCUGAUGGUAGCAUUGGUGAGAUGGAACACCCUGAAACUGAUCUCAGACCACUGCCUGAUGUAGCCAUGACAGGAAACUGCACGCGGGAAUGUACAGAAUAUGGACACUCUGACACUUGCUGGAUGCCCGGCCAGCCAUCCCCCAACCGCAGGCCCAAAAAUGCCCUCAAGCUCUCCACUUUUGUGCCUUACCAAGACAAGGGGAGUCAAGAGCAGAUUGGCAAUGGGAACCCCAUAAUUCCAGAGGACCGCAUCGGAGGCAACAAUAACAGCACCACCAAAAUGGCUAACAUCCAGCUGUUACCGACUUACAGUGCCUUUACCAGUAACAGCCAUGAGUCAUGUACGGACUCCCCUAUGGAGGAAAUCCCACUAACCCAAACCGCUGAUUUCCAGCACGCAACAACCCCUUCCUCCCAGUCUGCCAAGAGGGAGAUAUACCUGUGAGAUUCACUUGACCUUUUUUGGCAUGUUUGAACUUUGAAGGACCAAGGGAAGAACUGGGAGAUACAGACCUAAACCAGGCUAACUUUUAAAUGAAGGAGAUACACUAGAGAGGGACUAAAAGACAAUACAAUGCUUUAUGGUUCAUGCAACUGCUUCUGGGCUUAAGCCUACAUUACUAUUUAGUAUUUAUUUUUAUUUUCGUGCUGGUUUUCCAUUUUAUUUUAUUUUUUUCUUUGCUUUAUUUUACUAUUACUAUGUAAAAUUCCAAACCACCCUCUACGUAGGUGAUUCAUUGUCAUGAAGAUCAGAACUGGAUUUGGGAUCGGGGGUGGGGGUACUUUUUUUUUUUUUCCCCUCCAAAUAUAGUUUUUAUAUAAAAGCAAAAAGCAAAAAACAAAAAGGGAACUUACAUUGCGUCUUUGUUUCUCCGCUCAAAGAGGAGAAUCUUUCACAGCAACGGAGGACUUUAUAAGCCAUUAUGUUUUUUUGUCUUUUUAUUUUGGGGGGGUGGGGGGGGAGAAUGCUGAAGGAGGGUGAUCUUGGUGCUUUCAUUUUCCUCGGUACGUAGGUCGAUUGACAUUGUGGGAAAGCGUUCCUGUCUCUCCGCAGUGAACGAGUGGCAGUAGAAGGCUUCCAAUUUGUGGUUGUAAAUUGAAAUGUAGCGCUCGGUCAUUUUAGAUCUUUUCUAAAAACACAAACAAACAAAACAAAAAAAAAUUGUUGGUAGAGGAAAUUUUUACAUUUGGCAUUUUGGCUUUGUUUCAGAUCUCUCCUGCAGGAAAAAAACUAAAAAAUGAGAGAUCCAGUUACAACGGUGACACUGACGAGUCAUAAACAGUCUAUAGAGUUCCCCAUCAGAAAUAAAUCAUAAGGUUCCGUUCAGGUACUUGAGUAUCUGGUUUUAGUAUAUCUAUGUGUCAGAGACCCCCAAAUUACCUUUAAAUACAUGGUACUAAGAUACUUUCAUCUUACAUUUUAAAUAAACAAAUUUUGUCUAGAAAUAUUUUUGAUAUUUAAUCAAGGCAUUACGAUAGUUGAUUCCUCCCUCACCUUCCCAAAUGAUCUACUUAAAAGUGGGCUUCUAAAUUCAUAGCUGGACUCUCGCUUUUACAACUGCGCAGUUAUCCACUAAAGGGUACCUGCUGCCUUAGGGUCAAAUGGGGUCCAGCAGUGUUCUUGGUAAAGAAGGUGAUCACAUCUGGUGCCGUGUGUUUGAAAGUGUCCACGGGUCUAUCCUUCGAGCCAACAAAAAGUUUUAUAUUACAUUUUAUUUAACUUUUUUAUAUAUAUAUAUUUGGUUUACUGCAUGCUAGUUCUCAAAAAUAAGUACUGCUCAGCCUUGAGCCAUACUCGGUAGUGGGUAGGUAAAUGCCAGAGGAGAGAGUCUCUUUCAGGUCCAUGGUCCAGGACUGCUUCUUGAGGGGUUCUGCUAAUUCUCUCAUGACAUCUGAUGAAAAGUGACGGCCACAUAGUUUUCUAAGGUUAAUCGAAAAGAGGGGGGUUAACAUAUACCAAAGGUGCCAACUGAAUGAAUACAGGUGAUUGCAAGGGACAGCCAGAUGGGGACCAAACUGUAUUCUAUCUGCAUAUCCGACUCAUCAAUACAGGGUAAGCUUCGAGCUUGACUGGCCUUUUCAUGUAGACUUCUGUAAAUAUAAUCCUUUUGAAUGAUGAUUAAGUCUGCCUGAUUUCAGCUUUUAUUGUUGCAAGAAAACCUUUUUAUUUAUUGUAAUUUAAUUACUUCUACACUCUGCAAAGUGGUCCAAGCAGGUUGGGCACUUUGGCUACAAAAGCAUGUAGGCUGGUGUGUUCCAUGGCAUUAUUUUCUGACCAUUUUAUACGGUGGAAAGGAAAUCUUAAAACCAGAGAAGAAAGGUUAAGUUCUGUAUGUAUAUUUCUCUUAAGUAUAAUACGCCCCAAUUUGCACAUAACUCUGCUAGAUGUGCUGAGAAAACUUUGUUCUUUCCUUAGUGCAACUCUACACCUGGAAAUUGCACCUAACGCUCUGCAGAGUAUGAGUCUGACCUAGUCAGCUGGUAAUCGUGCCACUUAUAUGCCAUGUUGCUUCUGGUUGGUUUGUAGGGGGGGAGUUCCAAUAGAUAUUUAUAGUAUUAUGUAUAUCAAGAAGAAAAACUGAUGUUUCACUAUUGAGGGGGAACUGUAUCAAGCCUUGGAGAGAGGGAAAGUGGAGACAUUGCCUAUAGCAACCAACUAUCAUAGACUGCGCUAGAUAAAUGACAGUUAAGGUGCAUACACACUUAGUGAUAUAGUAAACUAUAUCGCUCAUUUUCCCCUUCCUGAGUGAUAUAGUUUACUAUAUUGCCCAUUGUGAACGCCACGUCCAAAGCUGCAUGCUCUGGCCGGCCGUGGCAUGAUGUCACUGUGCGAUAUCGCACAGUGGGUAUACCCGCCAUGGGAAACACUAGGCGAUGUCACUCACCGAGAACAUCGCCUAGUGUGUACCCAUCUUUAGAAGCUGGAUGCUUUGGGUAACGCCACUUUCUUUCUCCAUUGCUUGAGACUACCUAAAAUUUGAAAGGUCAUGCAAAGGUCAUUCCCCCUUCCCCAGCCCAAGCACAUAUGUUAUUUAUCACCGAUACAUAUUGUUUUGGCCAAGAAGGGCUGGUCAUGGUCUUUGUAAUAGUCAAUACUGCCUCUACUAUUGGAAGCAUUUAAUUAGUACAGUAUGUAUUGAUGUCCAGAUACUGUAUUAUUAUAAUGUUGUAAUAUUUUUGCACCCUACCUGUUCUACUUGUAAGUGUAAUUUAACAUCUGCAUCUUCUCUUGUCACCUAGUUUUGCAUUGAUUGUGGAUGUUUGUAUCUAUGCACAUCUUGUGCUAAAGAUCUACUAAUGGGUUAUUUUAUAAGAUGUGCUGUGACCAGUGGCGGUUUCAGAAGUGGGGUUGCAGGGCAGUCGAAAAUUAAAAUAGGGGAGUCACACCAACUGCCACCCCAAAUGCUGCUAAACAUUGCCAUCUUGGACUCACUGGCAGUUGGUGUGGCUCCCCUAUUUGAAUUUUGGACUGCCCUGCAACCCCACUUCUGAAACCGCUACUGGCUGUGACCCAUAGCAACCGGUCAGAUUCCAGACAAAGGUUUUCCAGUACAGCACAGCUACAAAACUUGAAUGAAGGCAAAGGUAUGAUUUGUUUCUACAGGCUACAGUACAUUUCUGCAUAUUGCACUGUUAUUAAAUUAGUCUUAGGAAGAUUGUGCAAGGGACAUACAGGGCUGGUGCUUGCCUCUAGGGUGCUCAUUCCUCCUAGGAUGAUAGCUCAUCCUGAUUCUAGAAGAGUCGGGCGGUCUGUCCCACUGAUGUAUUCUACGCAGGAGAAUGCGGCACUGAGUGGAUGAUUUUAGUGAAGGUGACACCCAAAUUCUGGACACACCCCAGUGUGAUUUGACAGUACUAACCCUUAUUUGUGUGCUAUGUACAGUGACCCAAUUCCCCAACUGAAGCACUUGGGUGGUAUGCAAUAUUCAGAAGGACACAAUCUUGUAAUUUAACUGGGAAGUUAUGUUACUAGUUCCUAGUGAAUGAAAAGACUGCAUUUUAAUGAAUAUCGGUUAUGCCAAUAAAAAAAAAUGGCUACCCACGAUGGAUGUAGAGAACAGGGGUAUACUUUAAGAGUCAAAAUGUUGUGUUUGCAUUCAAUUUGGAGCACAGUCCUUGAAACCGGUGAUAAAGGCCUGGAAAUAACACCAGCAUCUGUAACAUAGGGGUCUAUUUACUAAGCCUUGGAGAGUGAUAAAGUACCAACUAACCAGGUCCUGUCAUUUUUCAAACUCAGUCUGUACUAUGGCGGUUAGGAGCUGAGUGACUGGUACUUUAUCUCUGUUGACUUUAUCUCUCUCCAAUGCUUAGUACCUAGACCCCAUUGUCUUUGUUUGGGGAUACCAAUAAUCAUUUAAAAAUGACUUUUUCAGCUCUACAGCUCAUAAAAUGUACCUGCUCUCUUUGGAUUUUCAGCACCAUGCCACUUACAGUAGCUUGCCCAUUCCAUUGCUUUCGCCAUUAGCCUCCGACCCAUUUGGAAUGUGUUGCCUUCUUAUUAAACCCUUCUUCUUUUUGAAGUUCUUUAUUCCUGCUGGGCUGCAGAGACCUGCAGGAGAAUAGAGUGUGUAUGAGUGGUAGAUCAUGCCCUCAUGUGAUAUGAUACAAACACACAUAUCCAUCUGGGUAUAUUCUUAGUUAUCCACAUCCCUAAAAAAAUUGGACAGUGGGACCUAAGUUGACCUAUAAUUAUUGCUGCUUUUUUUAAUGAGGAUGGUAGAGAUUGUGUUUGCCAAUAGUCUAUUUUUGGUGCAGUUAUGCUUAACAUUUCACAGAGUAUAGAAGACCGGGUGGCCCAAUUUGACGGCUUAUUAAGACAGUUGGACACUUAAGACUUUGACCGGUAAAUAGCAGAGACUGGUAGGUAUAGAUUUUUUAAAACCACAAAGAAACGGCUUGGCCAGAGAAGUGGUUACGCCAUAGUACACUGAUAAACGUCUUCCUCUCUAGAGCAAGCCCUGAUAGGAAGGCAUGCAGAGCAAGAUGGGAAAAUGGGACUUGCAUAUGGCGGCUAACAUGGAAGUUCUCAUUGUUUCCAUAUUAGAAGAGUUCAUAUAAGGCUUCCUGUGGGUAUUACUGGGAAUAACAGCUGCCUAUUGCAAGACAAUGGCUAUUUACAGAUGUCGGAUGUGUCGUCAUUCAAACUUUUUGAGUAGAGGCAUGUUAGGCUUGGCGCAGGAACAAUAGCAGGAUUUCAAGGACACAAUGUUUUGAUUUGACUUGUGCACCCCAUCACAUGCAUGUCAACACAGCCAUCAUAGACAUGAUCCAGUGCAUUCAAUAAGUAGAUUGGUGUAUAUACAAGUGGGGAAUCCAUUUUCUGGGGAACUUUUAUCCCAAACUUUACAAGCACUUUGCUCUAUGGGUACUCUACCAGCUCCUCUAGGCCGCAAAGCUGUGUGUAAUGCCUGCGAAUGGAACACCACCAUGAGCUUUUCCUCACACAGUGUGGUACAGUAAAUAAGCAGGAUCAAUUGGUGGAUUUCAGGCAGAUAUGAAGUCAGAUGGUCAUUGUCACCAGUCUCUAUGUGGACCACACUUUGCCGGCUGCGCCAGGAUCCCGUCACUGGUGCAGUGCCACCUAUGAACAUGAACAUGUUUAAAGUCAUAGCUCCAAGCUAGCGUAAAAAUGCACUAAGUAGCAUUUUAUCCCUGUCUUGAUGGUGGUGCCAACACAGUGAGGUUACAUAGUGACAGAUGACAUAGUCACUGAUGAUCUUACUGUAUACCUGUCUUAAGUCCACCGAUUAAUUCCCACCAGGGGCGGCUACAUUGGUGGGGCUGCAGCGCAGUCCAAAUUUCAAAUAGGGGAGCCACGCCUACUGCCACUGAGUCAGUUUGUGGCUCCCCUAUUUAAAAUUUCGACUGCGCUGCAACCCUAACUCUGGAGCCGCCACUGAUCCCCACUGUCUACCUUCCAUACCCAACCCUUUAAGACAUGCUGAGUUGUUUUGAUAUCAUUUUGGACAUUUGCAAGAAAAUAACUAGGGAAAGCAUCAGUGCUGAUAUUAGUAGUCCUUGUACCUUCCUUGCGUAAAGGGGCAGCUCUCCUCUACUUUGCUUUGUGUUUGAUACUGAAAUGGUGAAAUUUCAAUGGGCAUAGGGGGAACCUAUGUUUCUCAUGCCAGGUUUAUACAACGAUAUGUCCCCCUUUCCUUAAAUUGUAUGUGCAAUAGUUAAAAAAAAAAAAAAAAAGAGGUUGGGUGAAUCCUACCUAAAUAGAACUUUCAUUUGAAGUCUGCACUAUAUUAACACACAUACUAUAUAUGGGAGGAGGGGUGUCGGACCGAAACCAAAGGUUACAAAAUCUUACGUGAUGACAAAUCUGGCCUGUAGUGGCUACGGUUGGCACAGUAGUCUGAUCUGGAAUGCCGAGUAUAAUGAAAAGAUCCCACAGAAUACAGAGUGUAUUAAAAACAAAAAUAAAAAAAGUUUUAAAAAAAAUUGAUCAAAGCCUGUUCUUAGAUUUUUAGUGUUGAUUCUCUUUGCCUCCUGACCUGUUGAGGUGUCUGCAAAUGUGAUACGUUAAUCACAUAUAUACCAAUGGAAAGAGGCUAACACGAAAAUUUAAUUUACCUGCUUGUGAUGCUGCCUUGUUUUGUACAGUUUUAUGUACAUGAAAGUGUUGCUUUUUAUUAUAAACCUUGAAAGAAAUAUAUAUAUAUAAAAAAAAAUAUCCCAACAAAAAAAGAAAUUAAAUAAAACCUUGACUGAAAAUAUUAUGGCAAAAUAUGUAACUAUUUUUAAGAUGGUAAAUGAAUAUGUAUAAUCUGAAGCUAUUGUUGAACUUUUUUCGAUUUAUAAAUAUUUGAUGUAUUUCUCCCAAGUAACCCCCGAACCUUGACCUUUCUCUCUGGGAAGUUUUUCUAUCAUCUCUUCCUGUUUUUAAUUUACUAUUUUAAUUUUUUUACUUUUUGUUACUUUUUUUUAAUUUUUAUUAUUUUGGUCACUCCUUUUAAAAUUCCCUACACCCCUUUUUAUUUUAUUAGCCCUGUGAGCACAAUCAAUUUUGUUUGUUUUACUUUGAUUGUUUCCUGUUUUUAAUUGUUUCAGCAUGGCAAAAAUAAAACAAAAUGUGGUCUGUCUAUUACCGUUUUUACUUUUCAGAUACAUGAAACUCUUUCUGUUCUGUUUGCGGAGCUGUCAAAUAAAGAAUUCCAUUGUAAUUAUA